AUGGAAAUCCAGGAAGGACUAACUGCUGUUCGGAUGGACACAUUUGCCGAUGCUGUCGAGAGAGCUCAAAGGGUUGAAGUUGCCAGAGCUCAAGUAAAAUCUUUUCAGACUAAGAAAAGAUUUGCCCCUAGUAGCAGUUGGGAGCCGACUUAUGGAAGUGCUUCACCGGCCAAAGUGACUUGCGCGUAUUGCAAGAAAAUUGGCCAUACUGAGGACGGUUGCUGGAAGAAACAAGGAAAGUGCUUGAAGUGCGGAAGCAGUGAGCACCAAAUUUUCGGUUGCCCAAAAAUACAAGACGGUGGUACCCUGAAUGCUAGACCAGCCAAUUCUGGAGGAAAUAGGCCGAAAGUUCCUGCCAGGGUAUACGCUAUAGAUGACCAACCGGUACCUGAUUCCUCGGAAGUUGUGGAAGGUACUCUUCCAAUUUUUCAUCGAUUAGCUAGAGUACUAAUUGAUCCUGGUGCAACUCAUUCAUUUGUGAAUUCAACUUUUAUGUCCGGAAUCGAUGUACAACCUGUUAAGUUACCCUUUGAUCUUGAAGUUAGGACACCUAUGGGAAUGGAUUUUCUAGCCCAUCAUCAUGCUAAGCUUGAUUGCAGAGCAAAAGUGUUAGAACUUUGGAUUCCCGGGGAAGCAACUCUGAAAUUAGAUGUGAAAGGUAGGUUAGCAUCGUCUGCUAUGAUCUCGGGAAUACGGGCAAGAAAAAUGUUGUACAAAGGAGCGCAAGGUUUCUUAGCCUUCCUGAUUAACGCUCCCAGUGACCAAGUGAAGUUAGAAGAUGUACCAGUGGUACGGGAAUUUCCAGAUGUUUUUCCCGAAGAACUAAAGACAUUACCACCGGAGAGAGAAGUGGAGUUCAAGAUUGACUUGGUGCCGGGAACGGCUCCGAUUUCUAAGACUCCGUACCGAAUGGCUCCUGCAGAGCUAAAAGAGUUGAAAAUUCAACUGCUGGACCUACUGGAGAAAGGUUUCGUUAGAGAAAGUGACUCACCAUGGGGAGCACCCGUUCUAUUCGUCAAGAAAAAGGACGGAAGCUUGAGGUUAUGUAUCGAUUACCGAGGGUUAAACGAAGUUACAAUUAAGAACAAAUACCCUCUGCCUUUGAUCGAUAGUUUAUUUGAUCAGCUGCAAGAAUCUAGAGUCUUUAAGAAGUAUCUGGAUCAGUUCGUAGUGGUUUUCAUUUAUGAUAUUUUGAUAUACUCUAAGACUCGAGAGGAACAUGUUAAGCACUUGGAGAUAGUUUUGCAGAUAUUAAGAGAGCAUAAGUUGUAUGCCAAAUUCAGUAAGUGCGAGUUUUGGCUAGAAGAGAUAUCUUUUCUAGGGCAUAAAGUUUCUAAAGAGGCAAUUGCCGUGGAUCCGGCAAAAGUUGAGGCCGUUAUGAUGUGGAAACAGCCAGAAACUCCAAUAGAAGUUAGAAGUUUCUUGGGUUUAGCAGGUUACUAUAGGAGGUUUAUCAAGGAUUUUUCGAAGAUUGCUGGACCUAUGACCGAUCUAACCAAGAAAGGUAACAAGAUUAUCUGGGCUCCAAAAUGCAAGUCAAGCUUUCAGGAGUUAAAGAAGCGAUUAACAUCCGUUCCUGUUUUGGUAUUACCUGAUGGAGGAGAAGGUUAUACCGUAUACUCUGAUGCGUCUAGAGAAGGUCUUGGAUGUGUUAUGGCCGGUACCAGUGGUGCAGGCGGAGGCGAGCCACCUCAGAGGCGGCUCCGAGUCAUCGACUAUCAGGAGAGACCCGGAGGUCCGAUCCGGCUGUGGUAUACCGCUAGUCGGACCCGCCGCUAUAGGCGUUGCCAGUUUUACUCCUACGCGGACCACGUGGUUGAGGGGGUACUUGCCGAGCGACGGAGGCUGAGAUGUGACGCCGCCAGGGAGCGUACUGAGACCCUUAGGCUUAGGGGCAUCAUGCGGAUGCAGGCCGAUAGGAUUGGAGAGCUCCAGGGGGACGUGGCUAUGGAGCAGGAGAGGACGGACGCUCUGCGAGAGCAGUUGCAGGUGGUUAACGACCGCCUUAUUCGCGUAGUCCGGGAGGUGAGAGACCGGUCUGGCGCUAUUAUCGAUGAGUGUGGGGCGCUCAUCCAGGGAGUGAUUGGCGCCAAUGCGCCAGGGGGAGUUCCAGGUGGUGGAGCUCCAGGUCAGGGAGGCGCCCCUAGCUCUAGCUCUGGGGGGGAGUCGGUUGGCUCCGUGGAGGACUAG